CCUCAGCUUGCUUACGGUACAGAGGCAGCAGCCACCACUGCCAGCUCCCACGGCUCCCACACAGUACCACCACCGCCUUAACCAGGAUGCCACCAGCCCACAGAAGGUGUGUCCCAACCAAGGCCUCACAGCCUGCCUGCUGCUGGAUGACUACCUGGGGGCUCCUGUCUCUGCUCUGGCCUGUGGCCACAGCCACCCAGGACUGCCCAAGGCCCUGUACCUGCCAGGCCUUGGAAACCAUGGGGUUAAAGGUGAACUGCGAGGGGCAGGGCCUCACAGCCCUGCCUGUCCUGCCAGCUCACACCCGCCAGCUCCUACUGGCCAACAACAGCCUCCGUUCAGUGCCACCGGGUGCCUUCGACCACAUGCCUCAGCUGUGGAACCUCGAUGUGACACACAACCCCUGGCACUGUGACUGCAGCCUCACCUACCUGCGCCUCUGGCUGGAGGACCACAUGCCUGAGGCCCUGCUGCAUGUGUACUGCGCCAGCCCUGACCUGGCCACCAGGCGUCCGCUGGGCCAGCUGACAGGCUAUGAGCUGGGCAGCUGUGGCUGGAAGCUACCACCAUCCUGGGCCUAUUCAGGGAUCUUGUGGGAUGUGGCACUGGUAGCUGUGACUGGGCUGGGCCUGGUUCUGCUGCUUGGCCUGCUGAGCACAUUCCCAGUGCCCCUCAACUGAGCCUAGCACAUGAAACCAGGCUGGAAGUCCAGACCUAAGCCCGGUGCCCAGAAGCACCAGCCUGAGUCAGCCCAUGCUAUCAAAAGCCCAAAGGAGGGCCUGCUGAGACCACUGAGUGGGCAAAGAUGCUUCUGCCAAGUUUCAAGACCUGAGUUCGAUGCCCAGGCUCCAUAUCAUAGGAGAGAACAGAAUCUCACCUCCACACUCAUGCUGUAAUUUUAAAUGUAAUUUUAAAAGACAACAAUAAACCCCACUGCAUAACCUUU